GGCAGCAGUUAGAGCCGCCUUCUCAGGGAUUCUCGUGAAAACUUAGCGGACAAAGCUGCAGCUAUUUAUCUGCUUCCUUCAGAAGAAAAUAGAGUGUUUAAAAAUCCACUGAAAAGGAUUUAAGGCAUUUGACCCCUGCACUCCUUUAGCUGCAGAAUCGGCAAUUUUCUUGUGGAGCGCAGGGUUUGGAUGGUGUGUGAAAGAACGUACAGUAACCCGUAUUAAAAGUGGUGCAUUAAAAUGUCUCCAUCUCCCUCAGCACCCCUCGGAUUCGAUUCCAGAAUAGGAAAGUGUAGGUUUAAGAAAAAAAAUGUUGAAUCUUCAAUUUAAAAGGCUGAUUCCUGUGACAAAGUCAGUACGAUUAAAAUUGCCGUUGACUCUCAAACGCCAGAUUUAAAAACAGAUUUAUUUCUAGAGGACCCUGUUCUUUACGAACAAGAUUUAACGGGAUCCGUUUAAUGCCCACCUCUGGUCAAAAAUAUUCAUGGAACAGAAGUGGAUCUAAUUUGAUGUUUGAGAGCAUUCUCGAAGCGAUUAUCGAUAACAGCUUUUCUACACCUCGCAGUUCAUUCCGCAUUGCCUUAUGGACUCCACAGAUUACUAACAUUCAGAAUAUGAAUUAAAGAGCCCAAACCAAUGUGCCUUGUCCCAGUAAAUCUUCUAGCAUUUGUAGCGCGUAGUUUACCAGAUUGAGGAGGGCCGGAUCGGCUCCAUCAAUGUAAGCCCAAAAAGGCAGUACACCACUUACCAUAAAGCUUCUUCGACGAAACGAACAAAGGAAGCGAACGUUAUAUCGCGUUAAAAGGGAAAGCUAUAUGCUCCAGCUAAUUAAACAGCUACCUGGGGAGGAGGGAGCAGGAUUAUGACUGUGCCUGUUAAUUAGACGCCAUUUAACUGUGAUCUCAGGUGAAAUAGCUAAACUGACCCUGAGUAUGGUUCUGCUAUGAGCCCCUGCAGGAGAAGCAACGUUUUGGAUUUUUUUAGAGCAUUUGAAAGCGAAUAAAGAGGAUCAAUACAUCGACACGUUCAUUACAAUGUGUUCUCCUGGUCCCUUGUAAGACAAAACCCUGGGGCUGUGUGUGCGAACACCUUUUAGUGACACUCCGUGCGGCCUUUUUACAUUGUCUCUGAUGGGCAAACAGGGACUUUAGAGCAAUCGGAGUUUGUACUUGCGAUUUGUAUUGUGUUGACUGACUUCUCCGAUAGUUAAUAAAGUUGUAGAUCCUAUCACUCUGCAAUAUCUGGCGAAUGGCACCUUAUAACUUCAUCUUUAAAAGGCCGCAAAAUCCAACAAAUAAUUCCCCAUGUUCUUAGAAGUGUUAUGAACAAUGCCCCGAGAAACGAUUUCAGAAUCCUUUUAGCGCCCAGUAAGCCUCGCUUUUGCUUCCUGCCCGAGAGGGGCCCGAUGUCUCUGGUUGAUUGUAAGAGUUAUGAAGGGGAGUGUUUCCUAAACUUCUGUACCUCAGAAAGAGAGCUGGGUAGCUCAGGUUUGUUUCACUGCAUCGAUAUGGUUACAGUGCGGAGAACCGUGGGAGGAAUUUAAAAAUCAGAGGCCUAGAUGCUUGUUCGCAUUUAGACAAGGCAUUUCCCAGCGCCGCCCUGUACCAUAAACGUCAGACCUUAUCCGGAUUAUGCUUCUUAGCGACUCGGGUUUGGAUUGAACUAGUCCUUCCUAGUGGAGAUUUCUUCCCACCUUGUUGCGCCCUCUAACCUGUUACUAAGGCUUGUGCCUUUUACUUCCCUAAUGCUUUAGUGUCACUGUUAUCCUCCAGCCACUGACUACAAAUCACAUCGGAGUCUUUUUUAAGGGACAAGGCCAUUUUAGCUAUCAGAUAAGCCUUCCUGGAAAACAGACCUGAGGUGUCCUUUUGAUUUUACAUAUGAGGGUGGGAUGGUGUGGGGAUACGGGGGUGAGAGUGGGAGAAAUCUGAAUUGUGGAACUAUGAAUAACUCAGAUAUUUUGACUUUAUGAACAACCAGUGGUCCUGGGGCACCUUGUGAAAUAACUUUAUAGGUGCCGAAAUGAUAGUAAAAUAAGGAUUAGGUUUAAAUGGCGAUACGGUUAGCUAAACGAGCAAGAGGUACAAAACUGGUGUUAAAAUAAAACAUGCACACGAAUGUGAAAGGCAGACUCCAACUGCUGAUUCCAACUGCGCUCUAUUAAUGGUCUCAUUUAUUUUCACGGUUGCCUGUGUUGGCCUUCAGUGUUUUUUUAGCUGGGGUUUAUCAAGCUAAAUUGUUUGUUUAAAGCUUCAUUUAAAAAAAGAAACACUGGAGUUAAGGUUAAUAGGGUUUAAAUCUUCUAAAUCGAGGGCGGUUUCAGUGUCCGCGCUGAUUUGCUAAAACAAAUCAGUAAUGUAUGAAAAUAUUGUGCUUUCCGUAGGAGCUGGUAUGACUUUAACAACAAAAAUCAUCACAGUUGGCUUCUUAACUGGCUUGCUACCUCCCGUUGGCUUCUGUGUUUUCACGGAGGCGUAUGUCAUUUCAGGUUGUUUAGAAUGAGCACCAGUAAUUGCUACCAAAGCGUUUGGGCUCUGAGACGGACUAAUAUUUACUACAGUAUUGUACUAUAAUGGAAAUAGGUAUAACUUGUAUUGCCAGCGAGUUCCGAGGCUUGUUCUAUGAAGGCAAGGCAAACGAGCUAAGUUUCUUGGACAAUCUCCUUACUAUGUGUAGAUAGUUUCAUUUUCCCCCUCGAGCUUCAGUAUGAAUGCAUUUCAAGGCCGGUGGGUUAAAGUUCCCUUGCACGCCCUUUCUGCAUACCCCCACACUCGUUGCUCGCCUUGCAAAAAAAUCAAACAAACAAACCUCAGCAGAUCCAAAAGCAGACCGAAGCUUUGGGGUAAACAGCGACAGAGCGGCCCCCAGCCCUCAGCGUUGGCUCUAAAUGGAACAGAGACUAUUGUGCGUACUUGUUCCCGUGGAAUGGGGUGGGGGGAGAGUUGCUAUUUCAUUUCAUUAGCUCAUCUGGUCUCCAACAGCGUGGAUUGUUGGUUUUGUGUGUGUGGGUCGAGAUGCCCAAGCAGAACGAGUCCCUUCCUGGUGUCACUCGAGGGAGGAAACUGCGGAAGAAAGAACCACAGAAUCCCCUCUCCAAUUUCCCCCCUUCGCGUUCGCCCGGCAGUGGCAGGGAGCGCCCGCUUAGCUGCGUCUAUUUCACCGUUUGUUCUCGAAAGCGUCAAGAGGCUGAGACCAAAUUUCCUCAAACGCUCUGUUCCCCCCGCUCCCGCGUACACACCCACGCGUUCAGUCGCUCGCUCUCUCUGGCCCGGUCCAUGAGGUUUUGGUGCAGCGGGGAUGGAACGUCAGAAAUGACCCUGGGCAACUCACCUCUCAUCCCACUAGCCUUGUGUACAAAAUUAAGGAACCCAGAGGGCUUCACGUGCCUUUCUUUGCCAUUGUUCAAGCCACAGUCAAGCUAGUCACGGAGAGGAGACCGGGAUGCGGACCCCUCAGCUCAGACACAAGCUCACACUCUCUUGCUCUUCGCUCCUGCUUUAACUUGGGAGCCGAGCAAAGUGGGCGUGAAAAGGUAGAAAUGCCUGGUGCGUUUCAGAGAGAAGUGGCUCCCCGGGAGUCUCCCGAUUCCUAACAAUAGCAGAGGGGCAUUGGUAACCUUUGAAGUGUGAGAAUGAGUUGGGGGUCUACACCCUUAUAUGGACCUCCACGGAUUUCCUCUCUUGGAUUUGAAGUGGACUGGCUUUGGUUUGCCGGCUUAUUUUGUAGCUUUCGGGGGUUCCUUUUUUUUCUGCAACGCAAGCUUGAGAGAUGCAGUUCUGUCCGAAGGACUCGGGAAGGGAGUUUGAAAACACACAAAUGGCUCACAAAGUCGCCCACAAACUUUUAUAUUCAACCCAAAGUUUUAUGUGCAAGUUCGCAGAGAGAUUUCCCCUGGGAGCGCUGCUAGAAAGUCCUCGCACCCAAGCCCCGAGAACUACCGGACAUUUGCGCGCAGCCCUGCAGGAAAACAAAGGAGCGCCCUGCAUAGUGCACUAGUUGGGGGGAGCGGGGAAACACACUGCCAAAUGGCAGGGCGAGUCACCCCUCGCUCUCGCACUGUGGAAAUGGGGGAGAUACCGACAGCGCCACCCAGAGAGACGCUCGGUCUGCCCGCCAGCCUGGCGCAUCCCUGAUUCUCCCUCUCCCUCCAGAAUAACAUCAUCUCGUUAUUAAAACACAGCAGCUUUGUGUUAGUGUCAACGAGCCGUGCUCACCCGUCGAGGGUUUUUCGACUGAACCUAACUUCUCGGCCGUCCCAGGCUCUCUCACGUCCCUCGGCGACUUCUUAUACGACUUAGGCAAUAUACCAUCAGUGUACAAUCACUAGGCUAACUUCAUGCAUGUCCUAAGGGCUGAUCUUGGUGGGUCAGUUUGGGGGAAGCUGUUCGGGAUCGGACCCUGAUGUCUUUUCCAAGACCGAGCUGGAACCUCCCCCCAAAGAGCUGUCGCACUUUCCGCGUUACCACGAUGUGUUUCCAGUCCCCAAGAGUAUACAAGUUGGAUCUGUAAAGUCCUCCAGUUCUCCCAGGGCAGGGAUGGAUAUAUUGCCCCUAAAUCACACGACGCCCCAGCCUAGUCGGAGUUGUGCUCCGCCGCUCUCCCGCCAGAAAGGCGAGGCUAGAACGCAGCUAAGUGUAAGCUCCCAGUCCCGCAGGCUCAGAGCUGGCGCUUGUUCUGACACACGCGUUGUGGUUUUUCUCUCCUGCCCUAGGCGCAUGUUUCCCACCUUCCAGGUGAAGAUAUUUGGAAUGGACCCGAUGGCUGAUUACAUGUUGUUAAUGGAUUUUGUACCCGUGGACGACAAAAGAUACCGAUAUGCCUUCCACAGCUCCUCCUGGCUGGUGGCCGGCAAAGCUGACCCUGCUACCCCAGGCAGAGUUCAUUAUCACCCAGACUCUCCAGCUAAAGGGGCCCAAUGGAUGAAACAAAUAGUAUCUUUCGAUAAACUGAAGCUGACCAACAAUUUAUUGGAUGACAAUGGGCACAUCAUUUUGAACUCCAUGCACAGAUACCAACCUCGUUUUCAUGUGGUCUACGUGGACCCCAGAAAAGACAGAGAGAAGUAUGCAGAGGAGAACUUUAAAACCUUUGUGUUCGAGGAGACCCGCUUCACCGCAGUGACCGCCUAUCAGAAUCACAGGAUCACACAACUCAAGAUUGCCAGCAACCCCUUUGCUAAAGGAUUCAGAGACUGUGAUCCAGAAGACUGGCCCAGGAAUCACAGACCAGGGGCCCUUCCUCUCAUGAGUGCUUUUGCCAGGUCCAGGAAUCCAGUAACUUCCCCUGCACAUCAGAACGGAACAGAAAAAGGUGAGCUUCCUUCAUCUUUCCAGACUUACCUGCACUUUCCAUUUACAUAGAAACACAAACAUCCUGAAUAUUUUCUUACUGGUGUUACCAGUAAUUAAUCAAAAUCAAGGGGCUGAAACAUUUCAUUUAUCUUUUGCCAUUUAUACUGGGGUGUUGUUUGGGUAGUUUUGGCUGUUGUUUAUUUCCACCAAUAGGGGCUCUAAAAUAGCACAGGUUAAUUUGUAUUGUUGUUUACAGUCAGUUUCAUUUUGAUUUUUUCUUGCAGAAGUCAGAAAAGGAAUGCUUAAAUUCAAAUUAUUUUGACACAUAAAAACAUUGCUACUAAUAACUGGAUUAUAUAUUUUCCCCCAAAGUGUUAUCUUUUUCUUUUAAAACAAAACAUGCAUUUUGGGACUCAUCUAGUCUUCGAAAGUAUUUCUUAAACACCAGUCACUGUAGUAACU